UUUGCAACGUUCCCCAUUUCGGGGAGUCCUUCAGCCGGGUUGAAAAUGUUACAUGUGUUCACUUUCGCUGCAUUCUGCUAUCUGCUGUCACUGGUCCUAUGUGCUUCAUUGAUCUUCUUCGCCAUCUGGCACAUAACAGCAUUUGGUGAGCUACAUUCUGAUUUCAAAGUCCCCGUUGACCAGGACAACCCACUCCAUGCGCGUGAAAGGCUGCGGAACAUCGAGAGAAUCUGUAGUCUCCUGCGAAAACUCGUCCUCCCAGAAUUUGCAAUCCACAGCUUCUUCUGCAUCAUGUUCCUGUGUGCCCAGGAAUGGCUGACAGUGGGACUAAAUGCCCCUCUCUUGGUCUACAACACAUGGAGGUUCUUCUACAGUCCCACUGAUACUAAAGAGCUUCUCUAUGACCCUGCCUCGGUCAUGACUGGAGACACGCUCAAGUUUUGCCAAAAGGAGGCUUGGUGUAAAAUGUCUUUUUUUGGCCUCUCUUUCUUCUACUAUGUCUACCUGUUUACAGUACAUAUUGAACCAGUCGUGGAGGAGAAUUUACACAGAGAUAUUUAAUCCAGGAAGCACAUGACAACAGGACCAGACCCAUAAACAAUCGCCUCUUUGGUUCCACAAUGUUAACAGAAGAUGAUGCUCUCCGGAGGAACAUCAUGAAACAUCAGGGAUCAUUUGAUUAAAAUCAAGUAUUAAGCAAUGACAGUGCUGCCAUUUUAAGAUGAUUGUUUAAUUUUAUGGAUCCUUCUAUUAUUUAUGAUUAAGUAUUAUUUAUUUUAUAUAUUCUUUGUUAUUUUAAACAAAUGCAUGCUAUUCAAUGCAUGAUGACCAACGUGUUUACUUAGACCUCAUUAUUUAAAUAUGUUGGUUGCUGAUUUCUUAAUGGUUAUUCCUGGGACUAUUUUUGUAUAUGUCCCAAGGGCAUGAUGUACCUCAAUUAGUUGUUGUAAAACUCCUGCAGACUCUGAUGUUACCCACACGUUGUUUAAGCACAUUUUAAUUAACGAUGGGAGAAAAUCAGGUCAGACGUCUUCCAAGUAAUACUGCCACUCAUGAAUGCACUCAAAAUGCAAAAUGUAGCUCAAAUAGGACUA